GCUCAUUUCCCAAUUCGAGUCCAACGGAGUUGGACAUCGGCGCCGAUCCCACGUCCACCUCUGUCCCCAUGACGACGGGCCUCGCGCUGGACAACCUGUACCGCCAAUACGGACAAGCACCUGCCGGCUCGGCCCCGCGGCCGCCCAAGCACAACGGCGCCGGCGACGACUUUGUACCGGACCCGCUCCCGUUCAACUACGAGAUGCCGCCGCCGCCCGAGAUGGACAACAUGCCGUCCUUUGACGAUCGGUAUGGCCGCAAGCCGUACGAAAAGCACCCGGCGCGCUACGGCAGCCUCCUCUCGGGCAUGCAGCCCUACGCGAACGAUGGCCCAUCGCAGUAUGGCGACGCGCCGUCCCACCACAUGCCGUCGCACCACUACGCCGACCGCCGCGAACCGCAUGGCAUGCAGCACAGCCUCAACAUGGACCGGGGGCACCCGAAGGAGGCGCCGCCGAGCUACGGCUACGCGCCGCAUGCGCAUUCGCAGCACCCGGACCACGAACCGCGCCAGUCGUCGCACUAUGGCAACAACGACAUGCACAUGAUGACGCACGGCGGCAGCAACAUGCACCCAAUGUACCAGUCGGCUGCGCCAAGCUACAGCGGGAUGCACAGCAACGGCCAUGCGAGCCACGCGUCGUUCUCGUCCAUGAUGGACCACCACCCGCCGACGAAGAAGGAGGUGCCGCCGCCGUCGUACCAUCAAGAGUACAUGGAGACGGCGCGCCAUGCGCCGCCGCAGCCCAUGUCGUCAGCGAGCCUCAUGAGCCACAUGGGCUCGAGCGCCGCACCGUCGGGCUCGCAGUCGCAGAACCAGGAGGCGGUCAUCAAGGUCAAGACGUCGCUCAAGAACAAGUACUGGCGCAACGGUCGCCGCAACUUGCAGUGCUUCCCGGCGUGCAAGGUGUUUGGCGACUACUCGCAGAUCAAGAUCGAGGACCUCAAGCAGCACGACUUUAUGUGGGGCAAGUGCCGCGGCAGCCUUAUCGCCGAGGUCUCGCUCAACAGCAACGCGACGUUUGACGACAUUCUGCUCUUGGGCCGCGUCCACUCGCUCGAGAACAUUCCCGUCCCGUUCGAGGAAGCUGUCUUGCGCGAGUGCAUGAUUGGCCGCGUCGUCGAGCCGGAUGUCAUGGACGUCAUCAAGGAGCAGUGGAUUCCCGGCGAGCGCCUUCCGGACUUUAUCAACCAAAACACCAACCUCGCGUGCUACGAGUUCAAGCCCAAGGUGUGGAAGUACACGGACGACAUGGUGCACGGCAAAUGCAAGCGCCGCAACGUGCGCUACUACGUGCAGUUUGAGGCGUUCGUGCCCGUGCUCACGGGCGACCGCCGCUGCUACGUCUGCAUCGGCUCGGGCAUGUCGUCGUCGUUUGAAGUCGGCUCGUCGCGCGUGCUCGCGCGCCAGAAGCGCAAGGCCACUGCCAUGAACGACGACCACGACGGCGACCACGACGAGCCCAAGUCGGACGACGAAAACGCCGGCGCAAAUCGCCCGGCGAAGGCCAUGAAGGUCAACCCCGGCAGCUAUCCGAUCUAGUCGGUCGCUGUCGUAGUAUCAACUUAUCGGGGUCGAGCGUACGAGGUCGACAACUCUUUUCUGUGUCUUGGAGUUCUGUCCAUACUGUCAAUACAAUAUAAUUUUGUCCUGUGUCACCUCUA